AUGGCUUCUUUUAUCAUUCCUGACGAUGGGUUCAAUGUCACUGACCAUGGCCCGGAUGUUGUUCCCCCAUUGAUCCUCCAGGCAGAAGUACAAACCCUCUACAUUGAAUUCUUGAAGAUGGAUACCGACGGGAGAACUGCAGAGGAAAUUGCGAGCCUUAAGAACCACGCCAUCCUCAAAGCUGACUUCGUUCGUGAUGUUGACAUCUAUUCUGGCGCGCGUAUCAACAUGGUAGUCAACUUUGACGUUUUGAGUGAAACAUCAGCUGGGGGUAACUCCCACAAGCUAGGCAUGUUGCUUGUUCGACCGAUAAAGUACAGGGCUUCUUCGUUUAGCUCGGCAUGCACAGCGGUACUCCCUCUCAAACAGCGUGUCACAUUUGAGCACUUGAUCCGGGCUAUCACCGACAACAACCUUCAGUAUUUCUACUUCUGUACCGUGGAUGAGAAAUAUUACGGCUGCCGUGAUUUUGUGUAA